GCUACGCGCGACUGUUAUUUUAUAACGACGGUCAACGGUCUCACUGUCCGUUUUUCAAGGAGAAGUUGCAAAACCAUGAAGAACGAGAUGGUAAACUAUAUCCGACUCGCCGGUGACAAUUCGAUGAACAUGAUUGAUUUCGUUUCAGAUCAUCGGCAGAAAUUGAUCUCGAAGAGUAGAGCAAAAUAAACAAAUAAAUAAUUAUCUAAUUAGUCAUCAGCGAAAUUUUAAUUCUGCAGUCAUGGCUGUAUGAUCGGACAUGCAUGUGUUCAACUAAACGCAAACCCAUUUGCGAGAUAGUAUGACUUCGGGCAAGCUUAAAAUUUAUGGUGGUGAAGAAAGGUUAUAAUUGUACUUUGGCUGACACUAUAUUCUUGCCAGAUAGAACAACUCUCACUUCUUCUUUUUUUCUUUUUAAAAGAAUUAUUAGGUUUGAAGUUGUUAUCAUGGAGUUGAAGUCAAAGAAGUUUAGCAGAGAGAAGAGGAAGGAUAGGUAGGCUAGACAUAUACACCCACCAAAACAAGAAUAAUAAAAACAAAGAAACAACUGGAAAUGGGACUAUCUGUAUCUUGGCAACUUUAUAUUCAGUGUAUUUGUAUUUUCGAUAACUUUAAUUAACCAAUAGUGCUAUAAGGCAACACCAAAUAUUGAAUUUAAGAUUUGCAGGCGGAAGAGAUAUUUUUCACAUUCUUUGGCAGCAGAACACCUGGAAAGAUAUGGAGGCCAAUUGCGAGAUAAAGAAAGAUGUUACUGAAUUAAUUGGCAAUACACCUAUGGUAUAUCUCAAUAAUAUUGUGGAUGGUUGCGUAGCCCGGAUUGCUGCCAAGCUUGAAAUGAUGGAACCUGUCUCUAGUGUUAAAGACAGAAUUGCAUACAGCAUGAUCAAAGAUGCAGAAGAUAAAGGCUUGAUUACUCCAGGGAAGACCGUACUGAUUGAACCGACAAGUGGUAACACUGGCAUUGGAUUAGCAGCAAUAGCGGCAAUGAAGGGUUAUAAAAUUAUCCUUACCAUGCCUGCUUCAAUGAGUCUUGAGAGAAGAAUUGUGCUACGUGCUCUUGGAGCCGAAGUUUACCUUACUGAUCCAGCCAAGGGCUUUAAUGGGGUACUUGAGAAAACUGAUGAGAUACUAAAUAAGACACCUAAUGGCUAUAUCUUUCGGCAAUUCGAAAAUCCUGCCAAUCCAAAGAUUCAUUAUGAAACAACUGGUCCAGAAAUAUGGAGAGACUCGGGAGGCAAAGUUGAUGCCUUGGUUGCAGGGAUUGGAACUGGUGGAACUGUGACUGGAGCUGGCAGAUUCCUCAAGGAGAAAAACUCAGAUAUUAAGGUGUAUGGUGUAGAACCAGUUGAAAGUGCAAUCUUAAAUGGAGGAAGACCUGGGCCGCAUCUGAUCCAAGGAAUUGGUGCUGGUAUCAUUCCUAGUGUUCUGAAUGUUGACUUGCUGGAUGCAGUUCUCCAGGUAUCAAGUGAGGAAGCUAUUGAAACCACUAAGCUGCUUGCCUUGAAAGAAGGUUUGCUGGUUGGGAUAUCUUCUGGAGCUGCAGCUGCUGCUGCAAUUAGAUUGGCAAAGAGGCCUGAAAGUGCAGGGAAACUCAUUGUUGUGGUAUUCCCCAGUUUAGGAGAACGUUACUUAUCUUCCAAGCUCUUUGAGUCCAUUAGGCAAGAGGUGGAAAACAUGACUUUUGAUUGAGACCAAUUCAAGAAUAUUCAACUUAUCGGUUGUUACAGCACUGAAUUUUAUGAUGUGACAUACUCUCAUAAUUGUAACUUCUGCAGUAGUCCUGUGUAGUGUACUUGUGCCAGCCAACCCUCGAGUGUCAGUUAAUUUUAUUGAGAUACAUAGGCGUACUUUUGAGGAUGAGCCUCGUUGCAACAGUAACAUUAUUCCCCUUAUUAUGGUAUGGAUGUUAAUUUUAUACUCGGCCAUACAAAAAGCUCUCCUGCCAAUGCGUGAGGAAGUUUUCAAGUCCAAGUUUUUAAUUGCUGCUCGCUUGUCAAGGAUCUAUAAGUAGCAAUAGUUAAAAUGCUGUCUUUUCGUUA